GUAUUGCACAAGGGGUUGUGCGUAAAAUGGGGCAACUAAAAAAGGGUUACAUUAGGAUAUGUGAAAAACAAUGCCAGUGUUCUUGUAAGGGGAGGAGUUAAAGCUCCAGUGUGUAUAAAUGUGUCUCAAGCAGAGCUCUUUGAAACACAGUGGCUGAUUUACUGAGAGAACAGCCAUGGGCUUGAUACUGCCUGUUUUGCUCGCUCUUUUUCUUUCAGUGUUAGGUGGCCUGUACCUCCUGGGAGCUUUCCGCCGGCACCGUAAAGGAGAGCCUCCACUUGAUAAAGGUCCACUGCCAUGGCUGGGUCACGUUUUCGAGUUCAGAAGAGAUACAGCAAAGUUUUUGGAGAGAAUGAAGGAGAAGCAUGGAGACAUUUUCACCGUGCUGCUGGGAGGUUUUUACUUCACCUUCAUUAUGGAUCCUUUGUCCUUUGGGUCAGUGGUGAAGGAGGCAAGGGCAAAACUGGACUUCAAUAAAUUCGCCAGGCAUCUUGUUCAAAGAGUUUUUGGAUAUUCAACAAUGGAGGGUGGAGAUCACAAGUACUACCAAAUGUACAGCAACAAGCACCUCAUGGGUGAUGGUCUAUCUGUGAUGACCCAAGCCAUGAUGACCAACCUCCAAAAUCUAAUGCUGCACAGUGCUGGAGACAAUCAAUGUGACUGGCACGACGACGGACUUUUCAACUACAGCUACAACAUUGUUUUCAGAGCAGGCUACCUUGCAUUGUUUGGCAAUGAGACUGUUGACACAUCAGGUAGCCAAGAGAAAGCCAAAGAGGAGGAUCGUCACAAAUCAGAAAAACUCUUCUAUGAAUUCCGAAAGUAUGACCAACUGUUCCCCAAUCUGGCCUACGGUGUCCUGGGACCCAGCCAGAAAAGAGAAGUAGAGCGUCUGAAAAAACUCUUCUGGAAUACGCUGUCAGUGCAAAAAAUGCUGAACAGAGACAACAUCAGUGGCUGGGUUUUUGACCAACAGCAAGUGAGAGCUGAGCAUGGAAUGGAAGAGUUCAUGCAGGACCGCUUCAUGCUCCUCCUGCUCUGGGCAUCGCAAGGCAACACGGGACCCUCUGCCUUCUGGCUGCUCAUGUUCCUAAUGAAGCAUCCUGAAGCCAUGAAAGCCGUAAGAGCUGAGGUGGAAGAGGUGCUUCAAGAGACUGGGCAGGAGGUCAAGCGUGGAGGACCCCUGGUGGACCUGACAAGGGACAUGCUGAUGAAGACACCGGUCCUGGACAGCGCUGUGGAGGAGACCUUACGCCUCACAGCAGCUCCCGUCCUCACUCGUGCUGUGCUGCAAGACAUGGACAUCAGGAUGGCGGAUGGCCGUGAGUAUAAUGUUCGAGAGGGAGACAGGGUGGGGCUUUUCCCCUAUUCUGCAGUGCACAUGGAUGAAGAAGUUCACCCUGAGCCAAACACGUUUAAAUAUGACCGCUUUCUUACAGCAGAUGGGAAGAGAAAAACAGAUUUUUACAAAAAUGGGAAAAAAGUGAAAUAUUACACCAUGCCCUGGGGAGCAGGCGUGACCAUGUGUCCCGGUCGUUUCUUUGCCACCAAUGAACUGAAGCAGUUUGUGUUCCUGAUGCUCUCCUACUUUGAGUUUGAGUUGAAGAACCCUGACGAGAAGACCCCAGAUUUUGAUGCACGCCGUUGGGGAUUUGGGGCAAUGCACCCCACAAAAGAUAUUCCUUUCAGAUACAGGCUCAAGUUCUGAAAAUACAGUACUGAAGUUUUAAGUUGCUCUCUUUCACUCAUUUGCUGAUUGUUAGUCUAUAUCAAUAACAAGGAAUCACAAUAAUACUGAACAUCUAUAAAUGUGACCAAUUUAGAGCAAUAUUAAUUCUCUGCAUUCAACAUUUCCACUCUGAACAUAUUUGCCAAUGUAUAAUCCCAUUGUGUGUGUAGAACAAAAAUGUGCCAUUAUCAUUGAACUGUCUGUCCAUUGUCAUGUCUUGUUUGAAAUUAAAGGCAGGGUUAGUUAGAGUAGUUUCAGUGACAUGACUUUCAUGUAACAAUAGUAAAGUUCUGGAAACACAGUGACCACAAGACUUGCAGGAGAACUGCAGGGCUCACCAUGCUUUGCCAGCACAUCUAUAGUAUGCACAUGCUAUGCAUUGCAAUAACUUAAAGUGUAUUUGUAUUUAGAACUGAGCUUUCCAUAUUGUAGCUUUGUUUUUCCUUUCAACGAUGUUAGUCAAUGACUUGGUGAUAAUGAUUAGGACAAACUUGUGUACAAAGUAUAUAGCUUUUAUAUUUAUAUUGAAAUGAAUAUGUAUCUGGUAGCUGUUGCCCAAUUACAUCGCACAUUUGCCUUUUUAUUUUUUUAUUUUCUGUAGUCUUUAUUUUCUUGCUCCUUGGCUAUUACCUGUAUUACAUGUGUCUUGAAAUGUCCAUGUGGGUAUUAUGUAUAUUUUAUGUAAGCUACUUGACACCUUAAAGUUACUCUUCUCUACUCUACUCUAUACGUAUAUAUGUUCUGAAAAAAUCGGAGGACUUUCUGACCAUGUUACUUACCAGCACAACAUAAAUAAAUAAAUAAUCAAAAAUACUCCUUGUUCUUUCAUUAUCAAUGAAGACCAAACCAUAAUCUUGUUUGUCAUCAGCUGAAGGUGGUUUAUAGAUAGGCCUAUGUACCGUAUGAAUAUAUCAAAUACUUCUACAAAUAGUUAGAAACUGAACAUUCUCUUCCAUUUGCUUUAACCUACCAUUAGAUGAUA